CGCACACUGAUCUGUACUUUGAAGGUUAAAUAUGAACUCAUAUUGUCUUCAUGUCUUAAUUACGUGUUCAUACUUAAUUACACAAACAUGAAACUAGAUAAACAAAGCAAGGGUGUUGUCUGUGAAACACCUAUUUUGUCUAUGUUCUCGAUGUUGUCUAUGAAACAAUGACUAUGAAAGGAAUGAAUAAGUCUGUAACAAAUCCCUCCCUUGGUACAUCCUACACAUAUUCUUUCACCUGAUUCAUUCGAAAUCCACCUUUACCGUCACCUUAUCAACUUCUCCAACCCAACAACAAUGAAGUUCCUGGCUAUUACACUGCUGCUCAUCUGUACGCUUUUCUCUGAAGUGCUGUCGCUGGUGUGUCAGUACAGCGUUUGUCUGUCAGGAUCUGGACAAUGCAAAAGCACAGAGAUAAACUGUCCAAACCAGUGUGUCAGUAUAACAAGCAUAAAGUAUACAGAUGGCAAAAGUUCGACAAAAGUUGUAAAGACUUGUGGCACGAAAGAACUGUGUUUGAUUGGGAGUGUAAACCUGGGAGACAUGAAAGUGACCCACAAUGCCAAAUGCUGUAGCACUACUCUCUGUAACACUGAAACGUUGGCAGAUGUUCCGAAGCUGCGGGCCAAUGGGAAGAUGUGUUACAGCUGUACAGGUAACGACUGCUCACAAACGGUGGAUUGUGAAGGCAACGAAUAUCAAUGCAUUUCUCAGACAGUUUAUCAACUAGGCAAGACCGUGACUAUGAAAGGAUGUGCAGACAAAUCCGCCUGCAAUAAUUCUGCAAUAUUAAACUUGCAGGGAAUGAACACUAUGGAUAAUCAGUGCUGUCAGGGGAACCUGUGUAACGGUGUUCAGAGCGUCACGCUGAGCUUCCUCCUCGUGUUCUUCUCUCUGCUCUCCUCCAUCCUCUUCUACUGAACGCCGCUGAGGAAGCAUCUCACUGAAAACUUUAUCUACGUUUAUCUAAGUUUACGAAAACUAUAGACGGACGUUUUAUAUUUAAGGGGUUGUAUGAAUAUGUUUCUCGCGGCAUCAGCUCUGCUGUAUUGCUGUUUCAAAUGUGACUUGUUUUCAUGUGACCCACUUUCCUGUCCGUGAUGGUGAUCUGUAUAUAAAACCGCCUAAAGCUAGAUUUUUAUCAUUUGCACUUGUGUUUAUAUAGUAGUUAGGAAGACUGUGAAUAGAAAUCCACCAGGAAGUGGGAAUUACAGAAUUACAAAAUAAAGAAAGCUACACAAUUAUGUGUCUGAAGGAAUUUAUUUGAAU